GUAAUGAUUUUUAUUUGAAAUUCAAUUGUUUUAUGCAUUUUGACUAUUAUUAUAUUCGAGUUCUAUUUGUUUGGAAUGUCAGACAAGUCUGAAAAAUUAUCAGUCCUGUCCCUGACACAGAUUGUAGCCGCUUUUGGUUUGUCCAUGUGCGCUUUCAGCAUUGGCAAUGCUGCAGCCUACACAUCGCCGGCUCUCCCUUCGAUGACGAAUAAAAAUGUGACAAGUUUUUCGGUGUCGACGCAAGAGGCCUCCUGGGUGGGUGGCAUUAUGCCACUGGCAGGACUAGUAGGUGGCAUUUUAGGUGGCCCAUUGAUCAUGUAUGUGGGCAGAAAGAUGACAGCGAUGCUGUCAUUUGUACCAUUCUUCAUUGGCUGGACGCUGAUCGCCUUCGCGUCCUCAGUUGCGAUGGUGCUCGUUGGCCGUGGUCUAAGCGGAUUUGCUGUUGGCGUGGCUUCUUUAGCAUUGCCAGUUUAUUUGAGUGAAGCCAUUCACCCGUUGAUUCGUGGCAUUCUGGGACUCAUGCCGACACUGAUUGGAAAUUUCGGCAUGCUUUCGUGUUUCAUCAUAGGAUACUUUGCGAAUUGGUCACCGCUUGCCAUAAUAUCCGGCUUACUUUGUAUACCUUUCCUAGUGCUGUUGUUUUUUGUACCCGAAAGUCCGCGUUGGUAUCUUACAAAAGGAAAACCGGAGAAGGCCGAGUCCGCUCUGACUCGACUACGGCGCAAGAACACCAAUGUUGCGGAUGAAUUCAAAGAAAUGACAAAACGGCUAGCCGACGAAGCAGAAGGAUCAAAUACAUGCAAGGACAUAUUUCAGAAAAAGUAUUUUAAACCGGUUUCUAUAGCAGUAGCGCUGAUGAUUUUCCAACAGCUCAGCGGGAUCAGUGCAGUAAUUUUUUAUACAGUCAUGAUCUUUAAUAUGUCAGAUUCUAGUGUCGACAGUUAUCUGAGCACCAUCAUUGUGGGAACUGUUAAUUUUAUGGCUUCUCUAUUGGCAAUAUUUAACAUAGAUCACGCAGGUCGCAAGGUUUUGCUCAUCAUAUCUGCGUUGUCUAUGAUUAUAACCUUAUUUGUGCUCUCCGCAUUUUUCUAUUGCAAGUCGAGAGAAAUGAAUCUUGACGGCGUUGGUUGGGUGCCAUUGGUAUGCCUUGUGAUCUAUGUGCUCGGUUUCUCAAUGGGCUUUGGUCCUAUUCCUUGGCUUAUGAUGGGCGAGAUCCUGCCGUCCCGUAUCCGUGCACCAGCUGCGUCUUUGGUAGUCGGCUGCAAUUGGGGAUUCACUUUUAUUGUGACUAAAACCUUUCAGGAUUUGAUUGAUCUUGUUGGAGCACAUGGGGCAUUUGUUUUUUUUUGUGCUGUUUGUAUAAUUGCACUAGUCUUUGUUAUAUUUAUAGUGCCGGAAACGAAGAACAAAUCACUUGAACAAAUCGAAGAAGAGCUAACUGGAGGAUCUGGCAAAUAAAGAUGUUUUAUAUUAAAUUAAUCUACAUUUUUAAAGUAAAGAGACAUUUUGUAAAUACUGCUAA